AUACAGACAAUACAAUGAUGAUGAUGAUGAUGAGAGAAAAAAAAAGUAUAUAAUAUACAUAUAGUAUGGAUGGAUGGAUGGAUGAAACAUAUAUAUUAUAUGUUGUAUACAUAUAACACAAAAUACAGUGAGAGUAACAGAGUGGAGAGUGAACAGAAGAGGCAGGACGCAGGAGGACAUAAACACAUUGAUAAAAGUAUCGAUAGUAUCCAAAAUGGUGCUGUUCAUGUCAGCGGUGUCCUUUGCAUUUUCUCUUUUAUUAACUCCGUUUUUUAUGAUAUUACUCGGAGUUAUAUUUAUUGCAUCAAUUGGAAAAUCUCUUGGUAUACGUAAACUUUAUAUCAAGAUGUUACUUACAUUAUUUGAAUAUGGAAGAUUAAAUAUUGAAAAAGUUCGACUACAAGGAAAAUUUAAUGAUGAAAAAAAUAAUAAAGAUGAGGGUGGUGGUAACGAGUUAAAUUCUGGAAAUGAUAGUUUUAAUUCAUCCUUUGAAAAUGACAAUGAUAUUAAAUUUAAAAAUGGAUGCUUGGGAAAUUCUGUUAUUGCACGAUCAAAAGAUCUAAUUCUUGUACCUGAACCUGAACAAAAUAAAAAUAAAACUGAAAAUAAUUGUAAUAAUAAUAAAUUAAAUAAAAAUGAUGGUCAGAUUAAUGUUGAUCCAAAUGAUAAGGCAGAUAAUUUAAAAAGGUAUCAACGACAAUCGUCUUUUGAAACACUACAUACGGUAUUUGAUCCAACAUUUUGUUUUGAUUAUAUUAAAGCCGGUGUUGAAGCUAUUAUUGAAGAUCAAGUUACAUCGCGAUUUGAAGCUGAAGAAUUGAAAAAUUGGAAUUUACUAACUCGUACAAAUCGUCAUUAUGAAUUUAUUUCAUGGAAAUUAACAGUAAUAUGGAUGUUUGGAUUUUGUUUAAGAUAUUUUUUUCUUUUACCACUUAGGAUAUUUAUUUUUUUCUUUGGGGUAAUGUGGUUAACCAUAUGUACUGCAAUAGUAGGUUACAUACCAGAAGGUAAUUUCAAACGUUGGCUUAAUCAUAAAGUAUCGAUGAUGUGUUUUGCUGUAUUGUCUGGUGCUCUUUCAUCGGUUAUUAAUUAUCACAAUGCAGAGCAUAAGCCUAUAACAGGUAUUUGUGUGGCUAAUCAUACCUCACCUAUUGAUGUACUUGUUCUAAUGUGUGAUAAUUCAUAUUCAUUAAUUGGACAACGUCAUGCAGGAUUUUUGGGAAUUCUUCAAAGAGCAUUAGCACGAGCAUCUCCACAUAUUUGGUUUGAGCGAUCAGAAGUCAAAGAUCGUGAAGCUGUUACUAAAAGACUAAAGCAACAUAUUUCUGAUCCAACAAAUCCACCGAUUCUUAUAUUUCCCGAAGGGACUUGCAUAAAUAACACAUCUGUUAUGCAAUUUAAAAAAGGAAGCUUUGAAGUUGGUGGUGUUAUCUAUCCAGUAGCUAUUAAAUAUGAUCCAAGAUUUGGGGAUGCUUUUUGGAAUAGCAGUAGAUAUUCAAUGUUGCAAUAUUUGUACAUGAUGAUGUCCAGUUGGGCAAUUGUAUGUGACGUAUGGUAUUUACCACCAAUGUACAGAGAUAAAGAUGAAAGUGCUAUAAAUUUUGCAAAUCGGGUUAAAUCUGUAAUUGCACGACAAGGGGGCCUCGUUGAUCUACAAUGGGAUGGACAGUUAAAGAGAAAUAAACCGAAAAAAGAAUGGAGAGAAAAACAACAAGAAGAAUUAAGUAAACGACUGAAAGUAGAAUAAUAAUAAUAAUAAUAAUAAUAAUAAUAGUAAUAAUUACCAUCAUUAUUAUUAUUAUAUUCAUUUAACUAAAUAAUUUAAAACUGGUCUAAUUGAUAAAAAAAAAGUUAUUAUUAUUAAUGAGUAAUGUAUGAUAACUGUUAAUAAUGUAUAUGUGAUGGCACUGGGUUUUCUUUUUUUUUUUUUUGUGUAUUGUGUGUGCGUGUGUGUGUUCGUAAGUUAAUGUGAUUUUUCUCGUACAAAGUAUUGUUUAAAUCCACCUUAUCAUACAUAAAAUUAUUAAUAAUAAUUGUGUUAGAUUAUAUUUUUUU